AUGAGCGGAUGCCCAACUAUGGUCCAGCGCCGCAAGAAGGUAGCGCUAUCCCCCGGCUAUAGCCAAUUGCACUGGAUGCAACUAUGUCAAUCGGGUCAAGACCUAUCAGGUCUUCGUGGUGGUCCCGCACGUCGCGCCAUCUCGAUGGAAGAAGUGAAUUCCCACUGUACCGAAAGCGACUGCUGGAGUGUAUUGGACGGUAAAGUGUACAAUUUGACGCCAUAUCUAAAAUAUCACCCUGGAGGCAUUGCAGAAGUGCUUUUAGCGGCCGGAGGGGACUGUACUGACCUUUUUAAUGAGAAACAUCCAUGGGUUAAUGGUCAUGGAAUGUUGGACAAAUGUUACAUUGGUCUAUUGGAUCCAACAACAGUAAGUCUCGCUUCAGAGACGUCCAGAUUUGCAUUGGAUAGAAUGCAAUGGCGUUCUUUCACGCUAGAACACAAGCAGACUGUUAGUCAACAGACUGUUAAAUUUACUUUCAAAUUACCUGGUACUAAGGUUUUGGGACUCACAACGCCCGGGCAGUAUCUCAAAGUGCGUGCUAAAAUAAAUGGUGUUAUGAUCGAGAGAGCGUUCACUCCAACGUCAAAGUUCACCCAAGUAGGAUCAUUUGAUUUGUUGGUCAAAGUUUAUCCCAAUGGGGUCAUGAGCACGUAUUUAGAUAACUUGGUAGUGGGGGAUUCAGUCGAGAUGUUGGGACCACAAGGAAUGCUUGGAUACCCUAGUGCAGGAGUUGUGACGAUUGAAAGUCAAUUGAAGAUGACAAAUUUACACCAUGUUGUGAUGAUUGCUGCAGGCACGGGCAUCACUCCCAUGCUGCAGUUGAUUCGUGCGAUUAUGGACGAGAGUAAAUACUUAGUUAAGAUUACGCUGGUAGAUUGUAACCACUCUUUGAACCAUAUCAUUGCACUCACUCAAUUGGAGCCACUGGCCAAUAUGUUUACUGACCGCAUUAAGGUUCACCAUGUGCUACACGAGGCCAGCGAAGAAGAUGCGAAGGAAUUGGGAUCGGUUCAAGCUGGUAAACGACUUGAUACGGCAUUACUUGCUGAACUAUUGCCCAAAGUGUCUCUUAAGGUAGCAGUAUUUCACUGUGGCCCACCUGCGUUUAAUGAUGCAGUGAGUCAGAUGUUGAGAGAUAUUGGCUACGAGAAAAAGCAAAUUUUCAUGUUUUGA